CAUCAAUCCAUCGUAGCACAACACAACCAACCAUCACCGUAUCACUGUUUCUCUCUCAUCUCUCUCCCUCCAUGGCUUCCAUUGCCAUCCAUUUCUCAAUCUUCCUCCUCUUCUCCCUUCUUUCCCCAUCCCAUCUCCAUGCAAGAGACAGCCAGUUCUUCAACAAAAUGCCCCGAAACAACGUUGUUAGCAAGGCCCAGACAACCUUAAACCCGCAAGAACAACAGCCCAGCUUCAUGCAGGAAUCUGAAAACGGCGGCUAUGGCCUUUACGGCCGCGAAUCCACAACGGCCCCCAAGAAUCUCCCGUAUCGAGACGAGGAGAUUCCCAACAAGAAAAACCUCCCCAAAAACUACAACCCGGUUUCCUACGUCACCGUUCCCGAGGACACUGGCCCGGCCAAAAAAAACCAGUACUACGGGGGCGGCAAGCAGAAAACGACAAUGCCAAGUGACACAUUCAUGCAGAGCGGCUACACAAACGCCGGCGAGAAUUACUUCAACAACCAAAAGGAGAAAUUCCCCUCCUCCACCACCACCGGCGACCGGUACGAUCAGUACAACGGCGGCGACGCUAACGGAUUCAAGAAACAGGGGAUGAGUGACACUAGAUUUAUGGACGGUGGGAGAUAUUCUUACAACGGCGAAAAUUUCCCCAGAAACCCAUUGGACAAUUCACGAAACGAGUUUGGGAACAGCAGGAAUUUCAACGAGAACAACAACAACAAUUUCAUGGAGAAUAGCUACCAAAAUGAGGAGGAGUUUGAGGACGAAGAUGAUGAUUUGCCAUGAAGAACAUUUCAUUCCUAGCUCUUUGCAGGACAUAUAUUUGUUAUUUGUCUUUCAUGUUCUCAACUGUAUGUGGGCUAUAAGCGAUUAAGAUUGUCGAUCUUGUUUGAUUAGUAUAUUACCAUGGUUUUUAAGUAGUAACACGUUGAGUAAAUUCUAGGUUUUUAUGGGUUGUGUUUAAUUUAUUGCCGAUGAAUAUGCUCUGCUCUGCUCACAUUGUGAUAUCACAUAUAUCGUCCUUGGUGAAAUGAAGUGAAUAUGUAUAAUAUUACCAAAAGGAAUUGGCUCGAGCAAAAUUAUAUAUUAGUGCAAUUGUUCCAUA